AUGACACUUCCUAAGUCUGGUUCUUCUGUAAACAAGGCUCAUCGAUUGCGUUGGUUUGAUUUUGGAUUUGGGUUAGACCACAUGAGUAAUGACUACAAAGUGGUGAAAAUUGUGUGCGCAAAGGAUAACCAUCACCGCUAUGUUGUGCAUAGGGUGGAGCUUUUAGCACUGGUUCUUGGAGAUCCAAUGGAUUGUGUUUGCAUUUUGGCAUUUGAUAUAGUCGAAGAGGUGUUUAGGGAGAUAGCUUUGCGAAACCAUCAAAUUGAUGUGAUUCUCCGAAUCGAUGUGUCUAUUACAGUAUUGGGCAAGUCACUUGCUGUAAUCCUCUGUGAAGCUGUUUUUACUUCUGUGAAAAUGAUUGGGACUAACCAUGUAUGGGUGAAGGAAGAAUAUGGUGUCAUAGAGUCAUGGACUAAAGGAUGCAGAAAGAUUGGGAAGCAAAGAUGGUUGACAUUAUUGGGUUCUAGGAAGAAUGACGAUGUCUUAAUGGUUCAAGAUGGAUUACUGGGGCCUCGGGAGUUGGUUUCAUGUGAUACAAAAAGCUACCAAAUCAAGCAUCUCGGGCUCUAUGGCGACUCAUUUUAUGUUAAAACUUAUAUGGAGAGCUUAGUUGCACUAGAUGUAGUUGACGGAGUCUAG